UUCCAAAGUCUCCUCCAUCUUCUCACCUCCCAUUUUCAAUCCAUCUUCUCUCUCUCCAUUCUUGUUAAUUUUUCUUAUUCUCUUCACGCAUAUUCCUCACCACUCUCUCUCUCUCUCCCCUCUCUCUCUCUCUCUCUCUCUCUCUCUUGUCUGGUCUAAGUGGAUAUUGUGUCAGAGUGAUAAUCAGAACUGAAGUUUCCUUUUGUCCUAGUGAACAAGGAGGCCCCUCUUGUCAGAAGAAAAUCUUUUAUCUCCAACAGUUUUUUGCCCUUUCAAUCCAUUCACAAAAGCAAACCCUUUACAUAUAUAUAUAUAGAUACCAUUACAACCAUCUACACAUAUACCCAUCUCUCCAAAACCCUAAAUUUUUCUAUAGUUCUCAUCUUUAAUUAAUUUUUCUCCAUAUUUAGUAUAUAUUCUUAUCUUCUUGCAUCCAUGAUCCCUCAACAGUACUCAUCAUUCCGUCCUACUUCCGUUAAAACUCGAUUUACCAAUAGGUUUCUUCGAGCUCUGAAGAGAAUAAACGAGCAUCAAUCUAGUAGUUGUGAUCUUAGAGACGUCUUUCGAAAAUAUCGCAUGAUUAAGGUUGCUGCUGAUUCAUCAAUGGCUUCAACAGUUGGAUCAAAGAAAGCAUGGAGUCGGGCCAUGCUAUGGAAAAUCAGGUGUAAAGCACGAAAACGUGUUCCAGGGAGGCGAAGUACUAAAGCUAGGGUUUUGAGGAGAAGAGGUCAUGUAGAAGACAAAGCUGGUGAGAAGGUUGGAUUUGGACGAGUGAACGAGCUCCGGAAGCUCGUGCCGGGCGGUGAAACCAUGGAUUUAGAGAGGUUGUUGGUUGAGACUGCACAUUACGUAAAGUGCCUUGACACCCAAGUACAGGCCAUGAGGGAUAUUGUUGAUUUCUGCUCUACAUAAUUAAGCUAUAUAUAUACACACACACAUAUAUGUAUGUAUAGUAGUGCACAAAUAAAUCAAAAGAAGCGAUCGAGAAAGAGAAGAUCAUGGUGGUGGUAGCAAGUUCAGAACCAGCAACAUAGUUUGAAGAAAUUGGGUUUUUAUUUUCAAAAUAAUAAAGGUAUAUGUACCAAUAUAUUAUAUACUCUAUAUCCUUAUAGUUUUAAUGUAAAUUACAUGUGUGCGACUUUAUGUUGUGAGAAACUAGCUUAGUGGUCGAUUUUGUUGCCCCUA